AUGCUAAAAAAAUUCAAUGCAAUUGUUAUUUUAUUUUUCAUUUUAAAAAAUUAUUCUGAAGGAGCACCGAAGAAGAAAAAAACUUUAGUGGAAAGAAUAGAAGACGCAAGUGUUUAUCAACAUGGAAUCCCUACUAAUCAUUAUGGACAACCCAAUCAGGGGAAUGCUAAUUAUUCUGAAGGAGGCUCUUCGACUGCCCCAGCAUUCACUUUAACAACAUUUACAUAUUUUUGUAAAUGGGGGGAUUGUGUAGAAGGUUUCGAUAACAAAGAUAUUCUUGCGAUGCACGUUAAAAUGCAUGCAGAAAUGUCACAGGUCAAUAAUUCUUGACACGUAUCAAGACAUUUUUCAGUGGACUUUUUAUUAUUAAAUUAAACUUCAACUGGUGGUUUUAUUUUUCUUUAUCAACCUUUCUAGUAUUUUACUCCUGCGGUUGAAAAAUUCAUUGGAUGAGAGAAAGAAUAGAACCAUCGUCACCUCUCUGAUAUUAAUUUUUUUAAAUUUAAAGGAUAACAAGUGUCACUGGAAAGACUGUAAAAAAGAAUUUCCUGCUCCAUCUAAGUUGAAACGACAUAUUGUAGUGCAUACCGGAGAAAAGCCUUAUGCUUGUCAGUAUGUUGAUCAAAAUGGUGUUCGUUGCG